AAUAAUUAGUAAUUUGAAUACAAAAAAGAAAAAACGAGAUAGAAGAGAAGAGAAAAGAAGGACGAAGAAAAAACGCGAGAACGUUGUUCCCCUAAACUCGUGUGCUCAAUGGAAGACAUGAGUGGUGGUUCAGCAACAGCAACAGCAACAGCAAUCAACUCUUCCAAUAUAGGGUUUCAGCUAUUGAAGAAGCAAGGUUGGAAAGAAGGGACUGGUCUUGGGAUAUCUGAGCAGGGUAGACUAGAACCCGUGGAAACUCGUGUGAAGAAUAACAAGCGAGGUUUGGGGGCGGACAAAGUGAAGAAAAUGGCCGUGAAGUCUGAUGAUAGUGAUGCCUCUAAAGGGAACAAGCAGCAGGAAAACUCGUCUCAAAAGAAAAAAACCAAAGCACUCUCUAAACGGAUGAGAAAGAUGCAGGAGUAUGAAAAGCAGAUGGAGGAGAAGGAAUUUGAGCGCGCAUUCUUUAGAGAGUUCUGGCCAGAAAAUGUGUAAAGGAGAAUUUGGCGGUUCGUGUCAUUAUGUGUAUCAGCAUAGUUAGAAAAGGCUGUUGCGAACAGAGAGGAUUUCAACAUAGCUUCUUUUUCAUGUGUAAAUAAUCAACUCAUUUUCUUUAUUCUUUUGUACAACAGAGAAAUAUGUAAUUGCUAAGGGAAUGUCAAGGGAUGUCAUCGCCCAAAAAAUGAUUCUUUUACAUAAUCGUUAUCUUGGCCUCCCUGGACAA